AGCACCUGCCCUUUGCUCUGGCAGUUUUUCCAUCUGAUGAGUGAGAGCUGGUCUCCAGAUAGGGGGUGCUCCUCUCACAGCUGAGAUGACCCAGACUUGGUCAACGAGGCACACUUGGUCCAGACUUUGAGGUGGAGACAGGUGAUGUGGAAAAGGAAGGCCAUUGUGACAUCCGUGCUCAUGUGGCAGCCGCAGCCGCAGCCAGGUCCGAACCUGCAAAGUUCAAGGAGGGAAAUGGAUGAGUCCAGAGGGGAGCCGGCACGCCUUCCUCCUUGCCUUAAGAGAAGAGAAGAAAUGAAACUGGAGGAGACAGUCUCCAUCCUCCCCCAGAAGGAAAGCCCCUCUGGCUGCUUCUCCAGAGAUGGGAAGCUGCUGGCCGUGACCCUGCUGCUGGCCCUGCUGUCCUGCUGCCUCACGGUGCUGUCUUUCUGCCGGGUGGUCUCCCUGCAGGAGGAGCUGGGGCGCCUCCGGGCUGAACUGCGGGACCAGCGGUGGGGGGAGCUGCCAGCCCCACUCCAGGCAGGAGCUGCGGUCCCCAGGGCCGCCCCGCGGGAGGCGCCCCUCACCACCUCUGCCCUGAAAGCGAUCCUGGCCCCACCAGCUCCGGGAGAGAACAACUCCAGUCGGAGCGGCAGGGAUAAACGUGCCGCCCAGGAUGCAGAAGAAACAGUUACUCAAGAUUGCUUGCAGCUAAUUGCAGACAGUGACACGCCUACUAUACGAAAAGGAGCUUACACAUUUGUUCCAUGGCUUCUCAGCUUUAAGAGAGGAAGAGCCCUCGAAGAAAAAGAAAAUAAAAUAUUGGUCAAAGAAACAGGUUACUUCUUUAUAUAUGGUCAGGUUUUAUACACCGAUAACACCUUUGCCAUGGGACACCUAAUACAGAGGAAAAAAGUCCACGUCUUUGGGGACGAAUUGAGUCUGGUGACUUUGUUCCGAUGUAUUCAAAACAUGCCUGAAACACUACCCAAUAAUUCCUGUUAUUCAGCUGGCAUUGCCAAGCUGGAGGAAGGGGACGAACUCCAACUGGCGAUCCCGCGCGAAGAUGCUAAAAUCUCGCGGGAGGGAGACGGCACGUUUUUCGGUGCGCUGAAACUUCUGUGACCGACGGACACCUUGUGUGUGGCUGCUUGCCUCCCUUCCUCUGCACCUCUACAGAGAAAACUCUUAACUGGAAAUGCCAAAAGGAGAAAAAAAAAAAAGUGGUUAUUACCAUACCCUCCUCUGUGAGCUGUUUGUUUUGGUCUGCUGAAACUAGACCCAAACAGGAAAUUUAACAGACAACCGCAGCCAUCGGGUGUCAUGUGGAUUACAAGAAAUAGAGCCCAUUUAAGGAAAAAUAGAAUUAGAACGACUCCCCCCCCCCCCAGUGCCAUGUUGAACAAUUUAGUCAUAGCUUCUGGGCUCAUAGGAAGCACAGAUUCAAAGGGGCCAUGAUCGCAUCUUCUAAACGCUAUUCCACUGCUUGUAGAGGAAAAGGUCCACGCCUGUAGGACGUGAAGACAUUUGGGGGGAAAUCUCAGGAGUCUCUCUAUUUUUAUGUUAAACACCAAUUCUCCUUUUUUCAGUUAAUACUGACAAAAACCAAAAAAAAAAGUAUAUAGAAAUCUUGCACUCCAUAUAUGAAAAAGUAACUAACAGUUUACAUGUAAAUAUCAUAUUAAACAGUUGGACUCAAAAUAGGAUCUAGGUACCAUGUAAGUCUUCUAGGUUUAUUUCAAGUGUGCAAUUUUUAGCUCUAAUAUUAUAUAUUCCUCGAUGGAACACUCCCAGACAUUUUUCACAGGAGGGAAAUAAUUCUCUCAUGUGUCUACAUGCAUGUCUAUUUUUUUUUUCUAGCUGAUUUCAGUUACUUCAGAAACUUUUAAUGUAGGGUAAUUCCACUUCAUGCAUACAAGCAUUUAUUGAAAAAAAUAACAAUUGUUGUAUUUGUUCUUACGUAAAAGCCAAACCUGCAAUAGAAGUUAAUAAAUACAUUUGUAAUACUGUAA